CAACAAAAGAAUCAUGGGACCAGAAGCUGCAGCAGGUGUUAAAACAGAGUCCUCAGAUGAAAGUACAGGUGAAGUCACCAUGAAGGUGAUCUCAGAAUCACAUUCCAGUGAUGCAUCAGCUGCUGAUGUGCCCGAGAACUCCGACCAACCGGUCAGCAAUAUUUCGGAUAAAGGUUAUCCUUGUCCCACCUGCGGAAAGACGUUUGACAGACUGUCGAAGUUAGAGAGACAUAAACCUAUACACACAAAGAAACCUAAGACUUUACAUCAGUGUCAGAAUUGUAAUAAGAGCUUCAAAGAACGAGAGAAACUGGUCCAACACCAGAAGAUACACAAUCGGACCAACCUGCACCCAUGUCCAGACUGUGGGAAAGUAUUUAAUCGACCAUCGAGGUUAGAGAGGCACAGGCGCACACACUCAAAGAAACCCAGGGUGCCUCAUCAGUGUUCAUUUUGCAUGAAAACCUUCAGUAAACUAAACAAACUUGUGCGACAUGAGCGGGUGCACACCGGUGAGAAGCCGUUCACAUGCACAGUCUGUGGCAAACACUUUGCCGAGUCAAGUCACUGCAGAUCCCAUGAGAAGACGCACGAGGAUCAGCCAGAAAAACCUCACAGCUGUGAGCAGUGUGCAAUGUGUUUCUUCAAGGCUUCAGAGCUCCGGCGCCACUUACGCACCCACACAGGAGAAAAACCAUUCAGGUGCACCGUAUGUGAGAGCUGCUUCUCACGCUCAGAAGGCCUUAAGAGACACAUGAGGAGCCACACAGGAGAGAGACCGUACACCUGUCCUGUUUGUGGGAAAGGAUUUUACUCUCAAAGGGACUUGAAUGUUCAUGAUUUGACGCACUCGGGAGAGAAACCACAUCUUUGCCCAGUGUGCGGGAAAGGCUUUUCACAGUUGGGCAAUAUGAGGGAACAUGAACAGAAUGUUCAUAUUAAGUCAGAAAAAUACAUUUGCAAUGAGUGCGGCGCAACUUUCACACGGUACAAGUCAUUAACGAAGCAUCAGCGUGUGCACACGGGAGAAAAACCUUACGUGUGCCUCACAUGUGGUCGCAGGUUUUCAUGGAGUCACGGACUCAGUCGGCACCGGAGGUCACACAUGCACAAACAGAUGUGCAUUGACGCAUCCAAAAACGUACAGGUGAAGUCACCGUGAUGGUGAUCUCAGAGUCAGAUUCCAGUGAUGUAUCAACUGACGCUGUGCCAGAGAGCUCCAAACAACCAAUGAGCUACGUUUCGGAUAAAUGUUAUCCAUGUCCCACCUGCGGGAAGACAUUUGACAGACCAUCCAAGCUAGAGAGGCAUAAACAUGUACACAUGAAGACGCCAAAGACUCUACAUCAGUGCCAACAUUGUGAUAAGAGUUUCAAAGAACGAGAGAAACUGGUUCAACACCAGAAGAUACACAAUCGGACCAACCAGCACCCAUGUCUGGACUGUGGGAAAGUAUUUAAUAGACCGUCGAGGUUAGAGAGGCACAGGCGCACACACUCAAAGAAACCCAGGGUGCCUCAUCAGUGUUCAUUUUGCAUGAAAACCUUCAGUAAACUAAACAAACUUGUGCGACACGAGCGGGUGCACACCGGUGAGAAGCCGUUCACCUGCACAGUCUGUGGCAAAUGCUUUUCCGAGUUGGGUCACUGCAAAUCCCAUGAGAAGACGCACGAGGAUCAGCCAGAAAAACCUCACAGCUGUCAACAGUGUGGAAUGUGUUUCUUCAAGGCUUCGAAACUCCGGCGCCACAUGCGCACCCACACAGGAGAAAAACCAUUCAGGUGCACUGUAUGCGAGACCUGCUUCACGCGCUCAGAAGUACUGAGGAGACACAUGAGGAGCCACACAGGAGAGAGACCGUACACCUGUCUUAUCUGCGGCAAAGGGUUUUUUUCUCGCCGGGAUUUGAAUGUUCAUGAUCUGACCCACACAGGAGAGAAACCACAUCUUUGCCCAGUGUGCGGGAAAGGCUUUUCACAGGUGGGUAAUAUGAGGGAACAUGAACAGAAUGUUCAUAUUAAGAAAGAGAAGUACAUUUGCAAUGAGUGCGGUGCAACUUUCACACAGUACAAGUCACUGACGAAGCAUCAGCGUGUGCACACGGGAGAAAAACCUUACGUGUGCCUCCCCUGUGGCAGCUCGUUUUCAUGGAGUCACGGACUCAGCCGGCAUCGGAGGUCACUCACACACAAACAGAUGUGCAUGGCAGCAUCCAAAGACUUAAGUGUGGACGGGCCAUCUGAGAGUGCCUGAUGUUAAAAAUAAAUGGAUGACAUCAGAAAGACAAGGUCCCUGUGACACAGUCAAAACUAAGUGGCCAGUUCAUUGAACAUUAAUUAGAUGAUUCACUUUGAAGACAUGUGACUAGUGACUAGUGUUAAGCUGUUUACUGUUCAUCAUACUACAAUCUCCACUUCAAAUUACCGUUGAGAAUUUUUCAUUGAUACGGCCAAUCGUAGCUUAUUUAGCCAUGAAUGCCAGAAUUAAAAUAUGCUGUUAGCAGUAAAAUGAGUUGUGUAUAUUUGGAAGCCUUGGACUCAAUUUUUUUUUUUUUCUCAAUAUCAUAAAUGAGUAAAUGUAUAUUAAAGGCCAGGACUAGACAAUUGUAUAUUUUGCAUAAAUUUCUACAUUAACAGCUGGGUGAACAUUUAUACACUGGGAAUAACCAUUUGCUUUAUGGAACCUUUGCCUUUGAGCUAACCAGACUUGCAUGUGCUACAAAAAACAUGUCAAGUGGAGCAGUGUAUGGAUAUCACUCCUAACAUUCACUUCUCAAGGCCACAGUCUCUCCUUUAACACAGCGAUCAGGUACUUAAUGUUGUCAACAAUAAAUAAGGGAAUGUUUGACAAUUGAUCAAACUAAUUAGCUUUGCAGUUUUAAUCUGACAUCUCAAAUAGAGCAGCAUAUGGGCUUAAAUACCAUUUCUGCUUACCUAAGGCUGUGAUCCUAUCUAACAUAAUUCUGAGACAAUACAAGUAGAUUUUUAAUGGUACCUGAAUUUGUGGCUCACUGUUUUCAAAUGCAAUGCACCUGUCAAAUUUUAUGUUUUUCUUACAACACAUACAUGUGAAUAAACGUAUGCCAUUUUCUGAGAAAAAAUCAUGCUGUAUAGUAUAGUGGCCAGACAGAAGCCACUCCUGAGGAAAAGGCACAUGGCAGCCCACCUGGAGUUUGCCAAAAGGCACGUGAAGGACUCUCAGACCAUGAGAAAAAAAUUCUCUGGUCUGAUGAGACAAAGUUUAAACUCUUUGGGGUGAAUACCACCAAGCACCAUCCCUACAGUGAAGCAUGGUGGUGGCAGCAUCAUGCUGUGGGGAUGUUUUUUUGCCUUCAGGAACUGGGAGACCAGUCAGGAGGGAAAGAUGAAUGCAGCAAUGUACAGAGACAUCCUGGAUGAAAACCUGUUCCAGAGCGCUCUUGACCUCAGAUUGGAGCAAUGGGUCAGCUUUCAGCAGCACAAUAACCC